AACAAGAUGACGAGCGGCCAGUCUACUGUACGCCUAACGCGUUCUCUAGCCAAGUCUAUGGAAUUGGAGAACUAUGUAUCUCAUGCAAAGAAAACAAGAAUGCAAGACGUCAUCCCCCCACCUACACCCGACUCGAAGGUGAUUGUUCUUGAUGCUGAACCAGGGCUGGAACAUUAUGAGCUAGGUGUGCAAAACAAACCCCUCACGCCUCCACAAAAAUUGUCAAUGAAGGGUACCACAAGGUUUGAGCUCCCUACAGCCGUC